AAUUAAGGAUCCUGGGCUGGCCUGGCCUGUAAGUCAAAGAAAACCUAAAAAAACCCGAUUAGAUUAGAUUUUAGAGAUUCGAUACGAUUCCAAAACCUCCUUCUCUUCCCCUCCCAUCUAGUCUCUUCGGAGAUCGCUCAGAGUCUUCUUCUUCUUCAUCCCCCAAACCCUUUAAUUUUAUCGCUUGGAUCGAAUCUAUCAUCUUCUCCUUCUUUGGUUGUUUUCCAGCCAUGUCUGCCGUUUAUUGCGGAACCAAGAGAUCUUACUUCGAUGAUAUUCCUUCUCCCCCCUCUUCUUCUAAGAGGUUCCGAUGUUUUUCUCCUUCCAAUUCUCCGAUCUGGUCCUCUCCUUCCUCUUCGCUCGAUCAGCUUCGCACUGCGUUUCCUCACCUUGACCUCACGGUUCUUGUCAAGGCUCUAGAAGAACAUGCCAGUGAUUUAAAUGCUGCCAUGAAAAGCUUACACUCUUUGGUGUCCGCUGAGCAGAAGAAAGCUGAAGAAUUGACCGCUAAUGCUAUUGCGGAAUCUGAUGCUGCCUCUUAUACGCCUACAGACAAUCCCCCGGCCAGUGGUGAUGACUGGGUUGAAUUGUUGGUGAGGGAAGUUACUCAAUCUACUGGUACAGAUGAUGCUAAACUACGUGCCUCCAGAGUCCUUGAGGCCUUGGAGAAGAUGUUAAGUGCACGUGCUACUGAAGAAGCAGGCAAAAAAUUCCAAGAGGAGAAAGUGGUCGUGCAGCAACAAGUGGAGGCCUUGAUCAAGGACAACACAGUCCUCAAACGUGCAGUUGCUAUCCAGCAUGAGCGGCAGAAAGCAUUUGAAGAUGCGAACCAGCAGCUAGAACUCUUGAAACACCUGAUUCCUCAGUACCAGGAAAAGCUCAGAACUCUGGAGGUGAACAACUACGCUUUAAGAAUGCAGCUGCAGCAAGUGGAACAUGGCAACUCCAUGCCAGGAAGAUUCAAUCCGGACGUCUUCUAAAAAGCUCUCCAGGAAAGGAGGACUCUUGCAGGAGGAGAAGGCGAAAAUAAACGCAAGUAGAGAGAGAGAGAGAGAGAGAGAGAGAGAGAGAGAGAGAGAGAUCAGACUAGAAAAACAAAAACAAAAAAGUGCUUUUGCAUUGGUAUUACUGUGUAGUCCGGGACAAACAUCAGUUUCCUUCCUUUGGCUUAGUUUUUAUACUUGUGCUUCUCUUUGCUGCUGUUUGUUUGUCUGUUCCUCGGGCGCAUUAAUAUGGAAAUCAAAGUUGUGUUUUGGUA